UUCUCCUUUGCUUGCAACGCAGACAUGUAAAUUGUAAACAUAAUAAACAAACAACCUUCCCCACAUCGCUUUGGCUUACUUAUAAAAACAAAUAAAGUAAGAAAAGAACAACUCUCUCUCUCUCUUCCGCCACACACACUUACCAGAACAAAAGCAAAGGAAACCCCAUUUUCCUUUCAAUUUCGGAGGCUUUCCCCUUUCGUCACUUUCCACGUAAACCACACUCUUUUAAACCUCACUUUCUCUCUCACACUCACACGCUCUUCCUCUGAAUUCCGUUGCACCUGCAGCAGAAAAAUGCCAGAAGAUCAGUUGAGCAGAUACACGAUCAGAUCACAUGGAGCUAAAGUGGCAAGGAUACAUAUGCAUGACUGGUUGAUUCUUUUGCUUCUUGUUAUCAUUGAUGCCAUCUUGAAUGUAAUAGAGCCAUUUCACCGUUUUGUUGGAGAGGGGAUGAUGACUGACCUGAGAUACCCAUUAAAAGAUAAUACUAUACCCUUUUGGGCUGUUCCAAUAAUAGCAAUAUUGUUGCCAAUAGCUAUCAUUCUUGUUUACUAUUUCAUACGCAAGGAUGUUUAUGACUUCCACCAUGCUAUCUUGGGCCUUUUAUUCUCUGUACUCAUUACUGCGGUGAUAACUGAUGCUAUCAAAGAUGGUGUUGGACGGCCACGCCCAGAUUUCUUCUGGCGUUGUUUCCCUGAUGGAAAAGGGGUGUUUGAUCCAGUGACAAGAAACGUUAGAUGUACUGGAGACAAGGGUGUUAUUAAGGAAGGACACAAAAGUUUUCCCAGUGGACAUACCUCUUGGUCCUUUGCUGGACUUGGUUUUCUUGCAUGGUAUCUGUCCGGAAAAAUUAAGGCAUUUGACCGUAGGGGCCAUGUUGCCAAACUUUGUAUUGUUUUCUUUCCUCUUCUAGUGGCAGCUAUGAUUGCUGUCUCUCGUGUUGAUGAUUAUUGGCAUCACUGGCAAGAUGUUUUUACUGGAGGGCUUAUAGGUUUGACAAUCGCUUCGUUUUGUUACUUACAAUUCUUUCCACCUCCAUAUGACAUAGAUGGUUGGGGACCUCAUGCAUAUUUCCGGAUGUUGGCUGAAUCUAAUGUUGUUCAAACUUCUUCGAGCAACGAUGAUAAUUUUUAUGCGCAACAUGCUGGGGUUCAGAUUGUGUCUGUGUCUAUCCCACCUCAACAUGAAGGCGAUAAUGCACGAGUUAAUAGAUGGGACUCCAACCCCAUGUCAGAUGGAUCACAGAAUGCAAGGGUACACUGACUAUACAUUAAGAGUAGCAUAAAGCCAGAGGAAAGAGUCACCACAUGUCCAUAAUGUGUAACAAAUAUAAGGGCUCGAGUAAUGAUUCUUUUAUACGAUACCAUGAGCUUGUUUGGAUAUAUGAGUUAGAAAUGUUUUUUUGAAAGUUUCUCUAUUGAAAAUAUUAAAUAUUUUUUGAUAGAGAAAUUCUCAAAAGUGAUUCUAAGUUUGUAUCUAGGCUAUAGUAUCAUCGAGUGUUACAAAUGAGCUAUGUUAAUUACUUUAGUUGAGAUGUUGGUUAGAAUAGGAAUAUUUUCUUAAUCGUCUUUUUUGGCCAUCUUGCUUAUAAGUUGGUAUAGUCACGAUAUUGUAAUUAUGUCUGCUACACGAAUAAAAAAAGUAUUUCAUGA